AUGGGUGUGAAGACAUCAUCAUUGGAGACACGAAUAAGAGCAGGAGGAGAGCGAACAAGUUUGGCCUUUCAUAGGACCAAGGGAAGCUUCAAAGGGCCGGGAUUGGAGACGAGAAGCAAACGCGCCAUCAGAAGGGACGGGGACGCUCGCACGAGCAGGAGCGAUACAACAGCGCCUCGGGAUCUCGAGGCCAACCGCAGGGUCGGACUCGGACGAUGUGCGCGGGGCAGGAACAGACAAGGAGCGAAGGGAGGUGGUUGGCAUGAACAUGGUGGAAGGAUCGAUUGGGUAGAAGGACUCGUCGUUCUGCGCCGGGAAGCAUCCGAUGAGGUUCCGGGAGUACCGACUCUACGAUGGAUCAUUAUCCCCGGCAUGCGAAUCAGUGCGUGGUCUGAUGGAGCUGAUGGGAAAAUAGUUCUGCAAGAAAUGAAUCACGAAAGUCCAACCCCGCGUCCACUCGACAAGAAAAGCCAGAAGAACUUUUGGAAUUUUGGAAAUUAGAGAUCUUGGUGUCCAAUAAGUCAUACACCCUAAACCCAUUUCUGCACCAUGGAAGGUGGAAUCCUCGUCUCCAUUUUGUGGAAGGAACGAAUCCUUCUGUCGUCGAUGCCAAAGGUCAUUUUCUAGGGCAGUACAUUCAGCCCACAAAAGAACAAGGUACUCAAAUGCUGCGUCCUUACUCUCCACUACCCACGCCAGCAGUAGAAACGUCACUAUGCCCACGGUAGACAGUAGGGAUGGGGGGAAGGUGUACAUAGAUAGAUAUUUUAUGUAGGCAGCAUAUCUAGUGAAAAAGACAACCUCUACCGAGAGAAUGGAAUAUAUAGUUUCUCUAAGGAUUAGAUGUCCACAAAAUUAAAUACAUGCAAGUUGUCUGCUAUAUCAAAAAAAAUAUUACAA